CACCAAGGAUAUUGUCAUAAGCGAACGAAGUGAUGGUGGUCAAAGACGAGUCCACGGCAACGCAAAACGCUGCUGCAAAUGCCACGAUGAAUUCUUCUUCCGAUAAAGCAUCAAUAAUCGCUCAGGAGAUAAAAUUCGCCCGAGCGCUUGCUGGUAACGAUGCCACACUACGCCGUCGAGUGUUGAAGAACCUUAAAACUUGGCUCAAUACCCGCAGCCAGAGCACAUUCGCUUUCAGCGAUGCAGAUUUUUUACGUCUUUGGAAGGGACUGUUCUACUGUAUGUGGAUGUCCGAUAAACCAUUGGUGCAGGAAGAGCUGGCGGAAUCACUCGGAUCGCUAGUGGGAUGCUUCAGCCACAAUGUUCCGGUGGCAAUGCAGUUUUUCAAAGCCUUCAUGGUGACAAUGGGAAACGAGUGGUUUGGGCUCGACCGCUGGCGAAUGGACAAAUUCAUGAUGCUCGUUCGACGCGUUACGCGUCAUGCGUUGCUGGCAAUUCACGAAAACGGAUGGCAAACGGAGGAUGUGGAUAAGUUUGCACAAACUAUCGAAGCGACCAUCCUAGAUCGCGGCGCGAUGUCUUACGGUUUAAUGAACCACUUUAAUGAUUUGAUCCUGAAUGAGAUUGCUAAAGUCAGCGAAGGAGAAAUCCCAACGUCGGUGGUGACACAGAUUCUUGAAGUGUACAUACGAUGCAUGCUGAAAACUGAUGACUCUACGGUAUGCUCGUCGAUCAAGAAGAACAUAUUUCACGCGCUGAUGCAACAAUCGGAGUUGGGUCAGAUGUACGAGGAAAAAUUCCAGAUGUGGAAGAACAGAAAUUUCGUUACCGGAAACAUUGACAACGUAGAAUUUCAUGUUAGUGACGACGAUGAAGAAGAAAAUGACGAAGGAGUGAUGGACACGAAGGAAGCUGCGGAAGAAAAUCAAAAAGAUGAAAAAGAAAAUUCGAAACAACCAUCCGAAGGCAAGGACGACGAUGUGAUGAAAAAAAUAAUUGAGGAUGAUGGAUUCGGUGAGGACGAGGAGGAAACAUCGAAUGAAGAUACAGCGAAGGUGUACGAUCCUCGUGCCGGUAAAGUGAACGUUGAUAUUCCUCAAAUCAUGUUCGAUCCACAGCAGGUCGUCGCGCUUUUCGAAAAAUACUGCUACAAAUCCUUCGUGACGACGAAAGCCAGGAAAAGAGUGGUUCAACUGGUAAAGCAAUUCAAAAAGUUUGCUGCUGGAGAGUUCCCGUUGGGUAUUAAGCGCGUUCCCAGCAUCAAACCUAGCGAUUAUGCCGUUAACAUUAAUGAGAAGGUCAUAGAAAUUGAAAACUUUCGCAAGGAGCUGUUUGGGGAGAAGCGAAAGAGUCUAAAAGAACGUAAAAAAGAAAAACGGCUUCUGAAGAAACAACAGCGCGAACAAAAUGCAGCCAAAAAGCAGUUGCAGGCUACCCCCGGCGAUGAAGACAACGAUACGCCAGUGGAUGAAGUAGAUAUUCCUGCAGAUGACUGUAAUGCAGCAGCAGAGGCCGAUAAUAUAGCAGCCACCACAAAUCAAAGUAAAAAGCUUGGCAAAAAACAAGACAAGUUGCGCAAAACAAGUUCAGCAAAGGCAAGAAAACAAAUCAAACUUGAUCUAUUGCAGCGUAGGAAGGAUGAAAAGAUGAAGUUACUUAAGGAGCGACUAAAGAAAAGAAAGGAUGCGGAACAGGCUAAACAAUUGGGUGCAGUAACGACUUCUUCGACAAACGGGUUCGCUAAGGGCACAUUUAUAGAUAACGCAUCGGCAGUGAUUAAAAAAGAAAAGAAAUCUAAAACGCAAGACGCAACAGUCGAACAACGAAAAACAAAAGAAGUAAUGGCAGCUGCAUCUGUUACAUCCGCAAAGAAAAAACAACAAUCGAAUGGAAAGGACACAGUGAACAGCAAACCUUUCCAAACGGUGGACGAGUGGUCGGAACCGCUUAAGGAAGGAGAGCAAGAAUAUUUUAUUCCUUCUCGAAAAGCGAAAUCGGUUGAGAAAGCCAGCAAGGUAGCUAUAAAGGCAAAAACGCAAGUAACCAAACGCACCUUAAAGAGAGUGUCAAACGAGGUGGUAGCUGCAACAGAAACAAACGAACCGAUUACACCUGGAAGAAAACGCGUCAAGAUUGCACUAAAUAAAAAUGUGGCACAGGAUCUGGUGGAGCAUAUCAAGCAGGUAAAAAGUUCACCACAGCUGCCGUUUGAUUCGAGAAAAAAACCAUCUAAAAGUCUCCUGAAGCCGAAUCUUAUACCAAGUCCUAUAAAUCCGUUCUACAAGAAAAAGAUUGGUUUGAAAUGAAGCAGCCCAUUGAAUCGAUGAUGAUCCAUGCUGGAGUUAGGAAACAGUGCAUUGCGUGUUUAAUGCAAAAAGUGUAGUAAUUGUUUCAUGUUCAAAUAAAAUUAAUUAAUGCCAACAUAUCUCAUUGCAUUGCUAUCUUUUACUUAUUUGACCUCUCAUAGGCGAACUAACUAUGUCACGCUGCCAUGGCCAGAUUACUAAAUGAUUUCCAGUUUGCUCAGCGCACAGAUGUAGUUUUUUAUCACCGACUGCAUCCAGU